AUGGGUAUUACUAAUAAUGGACAUAUCAAUCAGUUAUCAAACAGAGUGACCGAACUUGAACAAGCAGUUCGACGUGAUCAAUCAAUGUUUCUUCAACAACAAACAACGAUUCUUGAAAUGCAGGAAACAUCGAUCAAAGUGGUAAAAAAAUUAGAUACAAUAUCAACAAACUUGUACGUUUUAGGUGAAAUUCUCGAGCACGCGCUUGAACUUGAGAAAAAUGUCCGACAAACCGUUGACGACAUGACAGUACAUGCAUUGCAGAAAGAUAUGAUUGAUUCGUAUAAUAUAAUUCGUUUGUCGAUUGAAGAUAUCGGUAAUAACAAAUUGAAUUUCAAUUACCUUCAGCAGCACGAACAAGCUAUUUUGUUUGAAUUCAUCUAUUCAAAAAUUAAAAAUUCAUUACCAAACGGUUUAGCAAUUUCAAUCAGUAAUCUAAUUCCAAAAUUGAUUGUACAGCUAGUGGUGUCAUUUGUUCCAGGUGGUGACCAGGCAUAUGAUUAUUCGUUAAAAACAUUGAAAUUACACCCGAAGAAUGCACAUCUAAAAGAUGAUUUAUUCCCGGACUAUCUAGGUAAUAUUGUUGUACGAAAUUAUAUAUUUGUUCCAUCUGAUGAAUUCACACUCUAUCAAGUUCAUCCAAUGCCAUUGUUCAUCUCAAAUAAUACAGUAAUUCAACUGGAUAGAAUUCCAGCAUUAAUAGCAUUGUCAUCGUCAGGUGAAUACAUGGAAUGGUCAAAACCGCCAUCAAAUAUUGAAUGCUCAUUAGGAACGUACAGUUUUUGUCGAUUACCACCGCUUACUUACGACCAUAUACCACAACCCUGUCUUCGUGAUCUAUUAACCACAAAUGAUACCAGUGGCUGUACAACAGUCAAAUUAACUUUACAUUCUCCAUAA